AUGAACAUCACUCAGUACAGCGAUGAUAAUGCAACAAGAUUGGUAAAAAAGAUUGAACAACUUGGUGCUUUCAAUGUGUGCUACGAAAAUGAUCCCAGGCGACCCGUUCUUGCCAAUUUAUUUGUAAUUCGCAACGAUUCAUUCACUUUCAAACGUUAUCUCACUGCACUGGUAUCAUUUCUAAAUGAAGCGUUUCGUCCCUACGUUGAACCACAAAAUGCUUGCUAUUCUCUUGAAAAUAUAACGAUGAAAGACGUGUAUAUGUCAGUCAUUCCAAAAAACCAAUAUUUGAAUGGAAAAUUGGAGAAACAAAAACUUUCCAUCAUUGGAUAUACUAGGAAAUCCCCAGGUUGCGAAAGCAAUGAAAACAGGAAAACACUUUUAAAUCACAUGGUGAAGUGUUUACAAGAGAGAUCGUUAUGUGACAAGAUCUUUGUGUCACCUUAUUCAGUUGCUGAUGAACCUCUUACGUCGAGAGAUAUGAAUGAAAGCAACGAUUUGUCAAAUGGAUUGGAAUGCGUGUUUAGAAACACUCAAGCCAUGAUCUCGUAUAUUCAAUCGUCAGAAAAAAACGUUUGCCUUGUGGCUAUUGACUUUUCCAGGCUGUCCAUAAACACCAAUGACUUAACAACCUUCAUUGAAAACCACGAAAACUUAAAAACAAUCAUUAUUGACACCUUGCCGUACAAGCACAAAGUCCACGUAUUCGAGAGACACUCUGUUUUGGAAAACCCAUCUCUUUUGAAUGCAUUCAAUUGUAGAUCAAAACCUAUUCAAAGAUUUAAAGAUGUUUAAUUUUUUAUGUGAUAUAAAUAAAAUGGGAGAUUUGAAAAGUGU